GUCCCGUUGGCCUAUUUUUAGCCAAUGAAUUGGCUGAAUUUGAAAUCGAUUUCCGUAUCAUCGAGAAGCUCGAAAAGCGUCCAAAAUUUUCAAGGGCUCUCGCAAUAGCACCGAGAACUAUGGAAAUUUUUGAUAAUAGGCAAUUAAAUAUUCAUUUAUCCGUUACUUAUUUCAAGGGUCUUUUGGAUCCAUUCUUAGAACACGGUGUUAAAAUCAAACAACUCUUUUUGCACCAAAACGUUCAUGAUCUGAGCAAUCCGAUCAAGCUCGAUCUUAGCAGCCAGAACAGCUCCUUUGCAUUUGGACUAAUAAACCGUCAAAAUAAAACCGAGGAAUAUUUAAUUGACGCUCUAUACAAAAAGAAAUCAAUGGGAAAGAAAAAUGUCCCUAAUAUUGAAUUCUGUAUGGAAUUAGUGCGAUACAAAGAAGAAGACAACCAAAUCAUCGCUGUU